UGAAAUCACAUUAUGUGUACUCUUAUUUUCACAUUUUAAAAUAGUUUUUGAUAAGUUCGUUCGAUUUUGUCCAGGUUUCUACCAUGGAUGACGCAUCACUCGGCCCUCACCCAAUUGGAGAGGUCACGGAAGGGGGGCCCAGAUGGGCACUUUCUGUGUAUAUAAGCUUAGCGCCAGAGAAGGUUCAUAAUAUUGUUUUGUAUCCUGAUAAACAUUCAUGGUGCAAAAUUACUCCUAUUAAGCAAGUAGUUACAUAUCCUGGAUGUAACUCAGUAGAGAUUGACAACAAUGUAUGUGUUGGUACAUGCUUCAGUUACAGUAUACCAAGAACGUUACCAAGUGCUCCAGGAGAGCUUAUUAAACCUUACUGUGAUUCGUGCCAACCAUCUGUUUUAAUAUGGAAAAAUCUUACCCUAACCUGCAAAGGUGAAGAUCCAGACGCUUCAGAAAUGCAAAAGAGUGUCCAGAUUAUUUCUAACUGCAGCUGCAGUACGUGUGACUUUGGAGAAGAAAAUAAUGGCCUGUCAUCAUUUGUUUCGUCGGGAGAUGGAGAUGUGGGGCAGAGGCAGUUAGAUGGACAAGAACUAAUGGAUUGGAUGAUGGAAUCUCCCAGUGCAGCAAAACUGGGGAGAAAAAUGUUCAAUACAAGCAUGAUAUCACAUGCUAAUUUUUCUGCUAGUGAUCCUGUUAUGAAUGAAAAGUUAUUAAUUUUGGUUAAACAACUAGCAGGAAGUGGAGAAUAUAGUGAAGAAGAGGCUGCAGAUCGAGACCCUUCAGAAUGGGAUGGAGGAGACAACCAAGAAGCCCGUCUUGACAGAGUAGCCCUGAAAGAACUACUUAGGGAAGUAGAAGGAGUAGAUCAUAAAGUAAACAGAGAAACACUUGCUGAUUUCGUCAAGCAUGUGGAAGAGAGGGAGAAUAUAAAAGUGGACUUAGAUCGCCUCCGCCAAGUAUUAGCUCACAUGCAACAUGAACUGCAGCAGGAACAACAGUCAAAAUCUCAUAAAACUGAAGUUGAGGAUAAAAACACUGAACCAGAAUACCAGCAACAGAACCUGCCUAGUUCACAACAACAACAACAACAACAACAACAACCACAACAUACUCAGCACCAUCCACAUCAUGGAGAACAUCAUUCUCAACAUCAUAAUACGCAGCAUUCACACCAACAUUCACAUCAACAUCUUCAACAUCAACCUCUUGUGGCUGACAGAAGGGUUGAACGCCUGAGGGAUGUGCUGAAUGGCGAACCUGGAGGGGAACGACUAGAUGUAGAACCUCACCAACUUAAGCCGGCGUUGGAAGGUGGGGAAUUGAGCUAUCACGAUAAUUUGGUUUCAGCAAAUGAAAAUGAAAAUGAUUCAAAUAAACAGGAGGAGUUCUAA